GUGAAAGGUGCACAUUUGACAGUGUCAUUGGGUAGAGACCGUUAUGUGAUGGACGUGUACGAAUCGUCGCUUAAGAAUAUUGCCGAUGAAUCGCCACCGCCAAACGUUUGCAUAUUGGGUUUGAUGAGCAAUUCAGUUGAACAAGCCAUUGAUGCUAUCAAGUGCAUUCAAAACGUGAGCAGCACUAUUGCAUUCACAGCAAUAUGCUCGUCAAAACCGACGAACACACCAAUAAUAUUGGUGGCUUACAAAGAGUCGAAAGAACCGAAAGGGCAAUGCAGUGCGCCUGAACUCGAGCAAAAGCUAGCGCAACUGUCGUAUGCAAUCAACGCUCAUCGAUGUCUGGAUUGCUCGGCUAUUAAUAGGGUGUGCCAACCUUCUUUUUUUUUCCUUUCAUUCGCAUCAACUGAUUGGUUUGAGCAGUAA